UCUAGGAGUGAGACGGUGCACCGGGCUUGGUGUGCUGGUUGUUUUGAGAUGUCAGUGGACCCGUCGAAGGUAACUGCGUCGUCGUUGUCGUGGUCGUCGCCGUCGUCGUCGUGGUCGUCGUCGUCGUCACCACUGUCUUCGUCAUCAUGAGGAGAUCCUCUUACGUGAACUACUACGUCCUGUGCCUCGUGUACUGGAUUCUCCUCGGCAUCACCGGCGUGAGCACAAGAUCCCAUUCGUUAGUGAAGAGGUUCGACGGGAUUUACACGGAGCCGCACUUCGACUCCAGCACCCCCACGAACAUCACGGCUCAGUUGGGGAGUCACGCUUACUUGCCGUGCAAAGUGCGACACCUUGGUAAUAAAUCGGUGUCGUGGAUCAGAAGAAGGGACUCGCAUAUCCUCUCGGUAGAUAAAGUCAUGUUUAUCCCGGACGAAAGGUUCCAGGCACUUUACGUAGAGUCGACGGAGACCUGGACCCUGCAGGUGAAGUACGUGCAGGCACGCGACGAAGGCGAGUACGAGUGCCAAAUCUCGAGCGAUCCGAAGAAGAGUCACAUCAUCAAGCUGAACAUCGUCGUGCCAAAGAUCGAAAUCAUAGGCGACCGUGACAUAUACGUGAAGACCGGGAGCAGAGUAGCCAUACGGUGCGUGAUCAAGCAGUCUCUCGAGGUGCCUUUCUACGUUUUCUGGUACCACGAGGGUGACCGCAUACUUGAUUACCAAUUAAGCAAGAUCGACAUCCAGACGAACAGGAUCGAUGACAACACGAUCAGCAGCCUCAUGAUCCACAACGCGAGGCGGGAAGAUUCCGGCAAUUACACCUGCAGCCCUAGCAGUUGGGAUAGCGUGAGCGUGCAGCUUCACGUGUUGAAUGGCGAGCAUCCUGCUGCGAUUCAAAGAGGGAUCAGCUCGGCACCGGGUGGCUGUCCGACGCUGUGGUGGCUGGCAGGCAUCAUGACGCUGUAUUCGAGUCACGGCAGUCGCCUAUUCGUCCUCGCCCUUCUGAUCCUCAUGGUUCUUUAUUCGGAGAAUCCAUCUUACUUCGCGCCGGAACGAUAAUCAGAAACGGGUGGAGGACUAUGUCGGAAGAUGAUCGAUUAUCUCCUGCUACGAGACCCAGAAGGCGCCACGGGAAACGUACCGGCGAGAAGAUACGGAGGAAAGUGCACGUGGAAGGCUUCUUCGGAAAGACUUCGUGAAGACUCGGUGAGCGAUGGAGGGGGAAGCGCGAAGAACCACGGGAAGAGAACGCGACGAGAAUCAAAGAUGGCCGUCGCGGUAGGACACGCGACGCUUCGGCAGGCUGCUGGCGUCGUUUCACGUUCAACGGGACGCAGGGAAGCGAAAGAAACCUUGAAAUUCUCGGUCGACCGCUGCAUCGCCGAUUUUUAACGCCGCUCAUUCCAUAAACAUGAUUUCGCAUGAUCGUCGGUUUUGCUCUUUUCAACGGUGGAACAGCGGCGAUCGUUCGUGGAAAAUUAUCGUGUUCCGAGGGAGAAAUCUUCAACAACGAAGGAUCGAGUCCCCUUUUCGAACGGCUCGAUCGUGAUCGAGGUCGAACGCGAUCGAGGCAAACGUGAUCGCGACGAUCGCGGGCGUCCCAACGACGAUUUUAAUCUGCGUACGUAUCUGAGAAACGGAGGGGAGUGGACAGGGAACGCGUUUCGCGUGUCGAGAUAGUAUGAUCCGGCCGUUAGUAAUUAGGGGUUAAUUAAUCUCGGGGGAACACUCGCGAAAUCGCCGCGAGUCCUUCACACGGUCGAAAAGCGGCAGCUCGAGGAGUGGGGGUAACGAACGACACGAAGUUCGCGGACAACCUAACCUCUUCUUCAAACGCGAGGAGGCAAGAUGAAUUUUUUAUAGGAAUUAUACAUAAAGACACGAUCUUCCAGGUAUUUCAAACACGCGCGAUAUAGAACCUUUUAUACCCUCGUUACGCAACCUACAUCGUUCUAAACAAUCAUUCUAAAUAAUCGCUAAACGUCAUACGAAGUCAUUGUAUAUAUUUGCCUAACGGAGCGACACCACGGAGAGAAAGGAUCGUGUAAAAAUCCCAAUAGCCCGAGCAAGGGACGAAUGAGACGUACGCAAUUUCGAGACAAGUUCCCCUUCUUAUUCAUUAUCCAUCAUUGUCAAAGGUGUUUCGCGAUCUUCGUGUCUAUCUCGUGGGAAGCCAAACAGUAACGAAUUCUUCGUGAUCGAUCGCGAGAUUCUGUCGGGGACGUCGGGAGGGUUUCGUAGUUUCUUUCACAUCGAGAUUAACUCGACGACGAGCGAGUGUAAC